AUGAAGUCUGCCGCUGUUGUGCUCGUGGGCUCAUUGUCCACCAUUGUCGCUGGACAUGGCUAUCUUAUCACGCCGGACAGCCGAACAAAGCUCGGAUUUGAGGCUGGAACGGAUACAUGUCCCGAGUGCACCAUUCUCGAGCCUGUUUCCUCUUGGCCCGAUCUCGACGUCGCCCCAGUUGGCCGCAGCGGUCCCUGCGGGUACAAUGCCCGUGUGAGCGUCGACUACAACCAACCCGGCAAGGACUGGGGUACCGAUGUUGUCAAGACUUACAAAGCUGGCGACGUCAUUGACGUCGUUUGGUGUAUUGACAACAACGGUGAUCACGGUGGCAUGUUCGCCUACCGUAUCUGCCAGGAUCAGGAUAUCGUCGAUAAAUUCCUGGACCCUGAUUACCUGCCAACCGAGGAGGAGAAACAGGCGGCCGAGGCCUGCUUCGACGAAGGCCUUCUUGAAUGCACCGAUGUUGAUGGACAGGAAUGCGGCUACAGUGCCGACUGUAGUGAGGGCGAGGCUUGCUACCGUAAUGACUGGUUCACAUGCAACGGCUUUGAUGACACUAAGUGCAAGGGCGUCGACAAUGCUGCGCUUGGCUCCUGCGAGACAACAAUCGCCGGCGGUUACACUGUCUCGAAGCAGGUCAAGAUUCCCGACUACGUCUCCAACCACACUCUGCUCUCUUGGAAAUGGAACUCCUUCCAAACGGGUCAGAUUUAUCUCUCCUGUUCAGACAUUGCUAUCGAGUGA